AUGGUCUAUGGACCUCCCCACCCAAACAUGCAGCGUCCUCAUCCUAAUGAGCUUGCUUUACUUACUCGGCUAGCCGCAAAGGAAGCUUUGGCCUCAGAUGAUGAUGAUGAGGAAGAGAAAGCUGAGACUCAGGUUCUGGAUGCUGCCAGGACUUCUAUGUCUUCUGUUGCUGACACUGAAAAGGUUUGUGCUGGGAAAAAGCAUACAAAUCAAGUUCCAGAUCCUAUAACUUCUUGCGUAGUUCAUACCGUGCAAAAUUUUUUGGAUGAAGAAGAAUCACGUGCUGUUAAACACAUAACAAGAGCUGAUAAAUAUAUUUCUCCAAGAGAAUACUAUGCCUACAAAUUACAAAUUAGGCCCAAAAAUAUGCUCCUAAGAGGUGGAAGAUGUUUUCAGCAGUUUGUUGUUGACAUGUAUGUCAAGAUAGAGAAUUUAAGGCUCGAUUAUCUACGAAACAAUCAAGAUAUAAUUAGAGCUGAUCUUUAUCAAGGUAUUCUUGAUAGUGUGUUAGGUGGAGAGACAGAUGCUUCGAAGAUUGGACAUCUUGUUGUUUUGCCUCCAUCGUUCCUUGGGUGUCCUAGAGAUCUUAAACGUCGAUAUCUAAAUGCAAUGGCAUUAGUUCAGAGAGGCCCAAAAGAGUAUGAUAAAUUUGUUUGUGCUGAAAUCUCGUUGUUUGAUAAUCCUCAUCUUCGUAAAGUUGUCUUAACUCAUAUGAUGCACGGGCCUUGCGGCAAGCUGAAUCCAAAAUGUCCUUGCAUGAAAAUGGAUGGGAGAAAGUUAGUCUGUAAAAAUGGAUAUCCAAAAGACUACAAUUUUGAAACAGCAAACAACAAAGAUGGAUAUCCUAUAUAUAGGAGAAGACAAAUAGGUGAAAAGGUAUGCUCAACUAUCAAAGCAGUAAAAUAUUUGUACAAAUACGUUUACAAAGGGCACGAUCGAAUAUCAUUCAAGAUAUCUGCCACAAAUGAUAAUAAAGUUGAUGAAAUUGAACAAUUUGAAUCUGGCAGGUGGGUAUCCCCAUGUGAAGGAGUAUGGCGAAUAUUUGGGUUUGAUUUGUAUGAAAUCUAUCCUCCUGUUAUGCCGUUGCCUAUACAUCUUCCGUAUAUGCAAUCCAUUGCUGUAAGACCACAUGAAAAUCUCAAACGGGUAGUGAGAGAUCCUAAGCGUUCACGUACACCAUUGACAGAAUACUUUGCAAUGAAUUUUACAAUUAAUGGUGGCAUUAACCUUUUAUAUGGUGAAUUUCCAGAGCACUACAGAUGGGAUGCAAGUACAAAGGAAUGGAAAGGCAGGAAAAAUACACUAACUGUUGUUGGGAGGAUAUCGUUUGUCUUACCUGCUGAAGACUUAUGUACGGUUGAUAAUUAUGUCUGUGCUACAUUUCAAGAAACUGCUAAACGACUUGGUCUUUUAGAAGACGAUGAUGCUGCAUCUAUUUGCCUGGCUGAAGCUGCAGAGGUACAGUUACCAGGUGCUUUUAGACGACUAUUUGCAACAGUUCUGAUAUUUUUUCAACCGAGCGAUCCAUCUGCUUUAUGGGAAAAAUAUUACACAUCGUUGUCAGAAGAUUUUAGGUAUCAAUUCAAGGAUUGUACCGAAAAAAUAAAACAGCUGACUGUCAGUUUGUUAGAACAACAUCUUGAAUCAAUUGGUAAAUCACUAAAAACUUUUGGGCUAGAUCAUCUAAGUUAUAAUGUCAGUGAUGAGUUUAGAAAAACGAGAGAUAUAGCAGAUGCUUUAAAUACAGCUAUUCUUGAAGAAUUCAUAAAUUCAAAAGAACGUUUGAAUCCAGCUCAAUUGAAAGAAUUUGAUUACAUAAUGAAACACGUCAAUGAGGGAAAAGGAGAAAUUCGAAUAAUGAAUAAAAUUGUGUUGCCAACUGCAUUAUCUGGAAUAGCAGCAUCAAAUCUCCCUUCAGGCAGAACAGCUUAUUCAAGAUUUAAAAUACCAGUUGAUCAUAAGAGUUGUUUUACAUGUGAUGUGCCAAAACAAAGUAGUUUAGCACAUUUAAUAAAAGAGACAACUUUGAUUAUCUGGGAUGAGGCUUCUAUGACCAACAAGGCGAAUUUACAGGCCCUUGAUUUGCUGUUACAAGAUAUCUGUGAAAAUACAACACUUUUUGGUGGUAAGCUUAUCAUUUUUGGCGGAGAUUUUAGACAGGUUCUACCAAUUGUACCUCAAAAGACCUUAAGACAAGCUGUUGAAUCAAGCAUUAUCGCUUCAUAUAUCUGGCCAUCUCUGAAAAGAUUUAAAUUAACAGAAAAUCAGCGAGCUCGUGAAGAUCUUGCAUUCUGUUCGUUUUUGUUAUCUCUUGGCAACGGUGAAUAA